UUUCAGGAAGCCAACUGCCACCUGAAGGCAGGAUGUUGUCGGCGUCCUGGGCGGAGGACUAAGGUGCAGUCUCCCGGGAGGGCCUGAGGUCCAUCCUGAGGCCCCACCCUGCUGUGGUUUUCAGCGUUAGCCGGAUUUCGAGUCUGUGAUUGGAAGCGCCAGAAAGCCUGCCCGCGAGGUCCAGGCAACUCCAACAGCAGCCCCGUCCCGCAGGCCUCCGCCUUCCCAACGUCACUGGCACUGAGUGCAGUGCCCCCUAGGGGCUCCCGCUCGGCUGUGGAAGAAGAGCCAGGUCCUUCCUGCUACUGUCCCGCUACCGGCCGCGCGCGGCUCUCCAGUCCGGAGCCCGCCCCGCCCGCCUCCGGAGGAACGUGAGCGUCUCCGGGCUCCACCGCCGCAUCUCCGCAUCGCGGACGGACCCGCCGCCCCUCGCUCCCGCCGCCUCGCCGCGUCCCCGCUGCACCGCCCGCCCCUCGCCAUGAGCGCGCGCCUGCCGCUCCUCCUGCGCCAGCUCCGCAGCCCCCAGCUCCCUGGCCGGCCGCGCCUCCUCCGAGCGCUGUGUCGCGCCAGCAGCGGCGGGGGCGGCGGAUGCGGGGGCGGGGAGGCCCCGCUGGGGCAGCAGAGGCUGCGGGACUCCCAGGCCGGGAGCAGCCGGGGCCCGGGCAGCCGGGCGCCCCCAGCGCGGGACUCGAUCGUCCGAGAAGUCAUUCAGAAUUCGAAAGAAGUGCUGAGUUUAUUGCAAGAAAAAAACCCUGCCUUUAAGCCAGUUCUUGCUGUUAUUCAGGCAGGUGAGGAUAACUUGAUGCAGGAAAUAAACCAGAAAUUGGCUGAGGAGGCUGGUCUGAACAUCACGCACAUCUGCCUUCCUGCGGACAGCAGUGAAGAUGAGAUUAUAGAUGAGAUCCUAAAGAUUAAUGAAGACUCAAGAGUACACGGCCUUGCCCUUCAGAUCUCUGAGACCUCAUUUAGCAGCAAAAUCCUUCAUGCUUUGAAACCAGAAAAAGAUGUGGAUGGAGUAACGGAUGUCAACCUGGGGAAGUUGGUACGUGGAGAUGCCCAUGACUGUUUCGUUUCGCCUGUGGCCAGAGCUGUCAUUGAACUUCUUGAGAAGUCAGGUGUCAACUUAGAUGGAAGGAAGAUCUUGGUAAUAGGAGCCCAUGGGUCUUUGGAAGCCACCCUGCAAUGCCUGUUCCAGAGAAAAGGGUCAAUGACAAUGAGCUCUCAGUGGAAAGCACCUCAGCUUCAGAGCAAGCUUCACGAGGCUGAUGUUGUGAUCUUCGGCUCACCCAAGCCAGAAGAGGUUCCGCUGUCCUGGAUCCAGCAAGGAACUGCUGUUCUCAACUGUUCCCAUGACUUUCUGUCAGGGAAGCUGGGGUGCAGUUCUCCGGGCAUCCAUGGUCAUAGUCUCAUUGCAGAAGACGUGAGUCUCCUUGCUGCAGCUCUGCGGAUUCAGAACAUGGUUGGAAGCGGAAGGAGAUGGCUCCGCGAGCAGCAGUACCGCAGGUGGAAACUUCACUGCUUGAAACUUCAGCCUCUGUCCCCCGUUCCAAGUGAUAUUGAGAUUUCAAGAGCACAGACUCCAAAAGCCGUGGAUGUCCUUGCCAAGGAGAUAGGAUUGCUUGAGGAUGAAAUUGAAAUCUACGGCAGAAGCAAAGCCAAAGUACGUCUGUCCCUGCUGGAGAGGUUAAAGGAUCAAGCAGAUGGAAAAUACGUCUUAGUUGCUGGGAUCACACCCACCCCUCUCGGAGAAGGGAAAAGUACAGUUACCAUCGGGCUUGUGCAGGCGAUGACUGCCCACCUCAACGUCAACUCCUUUGCCUGUCUGAGGCAGCCGUCUCAAGGACCGACUUUCGGAGUUAAAGGAGGAGCUGCCGGUGGUGGAUACGCCCAGGUCAUCCCUAUGGAAGAGUUCAACCUUCACCUGACUGGAGACAUUCACGCCAUCACCGCUGCCAAUAACUUGCUGGCCGCUGCCAUUGACACAAGGAUUUUGCAUGAAAACACUCAAACAGAUAAGGCUCUGUAUAAUCGACUGGUUCCUUCAGUGAAUGGUAUUCGAGAAUUUUCAAAAAUUCAACUUGCUCGGCUAAAAAAACUGGGAAUCAAUAAGACAGAUCCGAGCGCUCUGACGGAGGAUGAAAUGAGGAAAUUUGCCCGCCUGGACAUCGACCCGGCCACCAUCACGUGGCAGAGAGUGUUGGACACAAAUGACCGAUUUCUACGGAAAAUAAUUGGGCAGGGGAACACAGAGAAAGGCCAUUCCCGGCAGGCGCAGUUUGACAUCGCGGUGGCCAGUGAGAUCAUGGCAGUGCUGGCCCUGACCGACAGCCUCAAGGACAUGAAGGAGCGGCUGGGAAGAAUGGUAGUGGCCAGUGACAAAAAUGGGCAGCCAGUGACAGCAGAUGACUUGGGGGUGACAGGUGCUUUGACUGUUUUGAUGAAAGAUGCGAUAAAACCAAAUCUGAUGCAGACCCUAGAAGGGACACCUGUAUUUGUACAUGCCGGCCCCUUUGCCAACAUCGCCCAUGGCAACUCUUCUGUAUUGGCUGAUAAAAUUGCCCUGAAACUGGUUGGUGAAGAAGGAUUUGUAGUCACUGAAGCUGGGUUUGGUGCUGAUAUUGGAAUGGAGAAAUUCUUCAACAUCAAGUGUCGAGCUUCUGGCUUGGUGCCCAAUGUCGUGGUGCUGGUGGCGACAGUGCGGGCUCUGAAGAUGCACGGAGGCGGGCCCAGUGUAACUGCUGGUGUCCCUCUUAAGAAAGAAUAUACCGAAGAGAACCUCCAGCUGGUGGCAGACGGCUGCUGUAACCUAAAGAAGCAAAUCCAGAUUGCUCAGCUUUUUGGGGUCCCUGUUGUGGUGGCUCUGAAUGUCUUCAAGACCGACACCCGUGCGGAGAUUGACUUGGUGUGUGAGCUUGCGAAACAGGCCGGCGCCUUUGAUGCCGUCCCCUGCUAUCACUGGUCAGUUGGUGGGAAAGGCUCCGUGGACCUGGCUUGGGCUGUGAGUGAAGCUGCACAUAAAGGAAGUCGAUUCCAGUUCCUCUAUGAUGUGCAGCUUCCAAUUGUGGAAAAGAUCAGAACCAUUGCCCAGGCUGUCUAUGGAGCCAGAGACAUUGAACUCUCUUCUGAAGCCCAAUCCAAAAUAGAUCGUUACACAGAGCAGGGUUUUGGAAAUUUGCCCAUCUGCAUGGCCAAGACCCACCUAUCUCUGUCUCACCAACCUGACAAGAAAGGCGUACCCAAGGAUUUCAUUCUCCCCAUCACUGACGUCCGGGCCAGCAUAGGCGCUGGCUUCAUUUACCCACUGGUUGGAACGAUGAGCACCAUGCCAGGACUGCCCACGCGGCCCUGCUUUUAUGACAUAGAUCUGGACACGGAAACAGAGCAAGUUCAAGGCCUGUUUUGAAUGAACAAGACAUCGCAGGACCCAGUUCAGACUCCACCAACACAAACGCCUGCCUGCCUUUUUGCUGCAGUUGGAGAAGAAAAUGAAUUUGAAAUAUGCUGUUACGCAAUGCCGGAGAAAUGGCGAAAGAGGCCAAGGAUUUCUUCUUCGUUUGAGGCAAAUUCUGUUGGCAGCAGAGUGUUCAGUAAAGGACCUCCACCAAGUCUGAAAGAAACUAAUUUAUUUUCUGUUUCUGCAGAGUUUACAUUAUUUCCCACCGCUUACACUUUAGAAUGUUUAUUUUAUGGGAACUGAGAGAUUGGAAGAGUGUGAACUGAGAGGUAACAUGUCCCACUAUGGAGUUUUCUAUUUUGUCUUUGAACUGAAAAUAAACAUGUAUGCAGCAAACCAACCAGCAAA